GACCACGCCAUUCGGUGCUGAGCUGCCUUUCUCUGGCGCCAAGCAGCAGCUUGACCUGUCAUUCUACGGCAGUGUUUGCUGCGCAAUCAGGCGCGAAAACAGCCUUACCACUAAUCCUGACUGCUUCAGUGGGAACACCAAGACCAUGUUCUGGAUUCCAGGCUCGUCACCGCACCCUAGACUGGAGUCCGCAGCAGGUGGCAAGAAAUCAGCGACAGCAGAGGCCGCUCUGUGGAGGGAGAUGCGUGAGUGCAGCGCCAACUUGAAGCACAACAUGUUUGUCUCCGUUAAGCAUGCCAGUGCUGAUCCGGACAAGUCACUGGACAAGCAAGAGGUCCUAGCUACCACUAAGCGCAGCCAGCCCAUCAACUUCUCAGUCAACAUCACCGGCAUAGGUGACUCCACGAUGGACAUGGCUGUGCUGGAGAGGCAGUACAAGGCGUACUCCAAGUUCCACUUUGGGAAGUCUCAGGGGGGUGGUGGAAGCAGCAGCACUGGAGGGGGCGGUGGCAGCAGUGGGGAGGUUCCACACAUAACCUCACGGGUGCCAGGGUUCCCUAGUUCUCAGCUGGAGCACAUCCUGGAGUCCCGUCUGUUGAUGGCACCUGACAAGGAGAACGAACCCACCUCGUUCAUGUGUGACAUGCUGGCGCGCAGCUCCUAUGGCCGCAAGUGGCGCAAGGCAGCUGACGGCCGCGCCAUGCUGUACAUGCAAUACAGCAAUUCCAGCCGCUUCACUGGCCCCAACCUGUUCGCUCCUGGUGCCAAAGUCCCUCCGCUUGGUCUACUCCUGCGGCUUGGCACUGCAUCAACUUUCCGGGACGCCGGAGCCAUGCUUACAAGUUACAUCGACCGUGGCGAUGGACCUACUGCUGCACACCCAACGGCGCUGGCAUCACGUGUGUUUGGCUUCGCACUACCGACUGCGCAGCCUCCACCACCUGAUGAGCAGGUGCCACAGCAGCAGCAGCAGCAGCAACAGCCGCAGCAGCAGCAGCAGCAGCAGCAGCAGCAGCAGCAGCAACAUCAACAGCAGCAGCUGCAGGAGCGAGAGCAUGAGGCAGGUGUAGCAUGCGCAGCUGGUGGCCGACCCACCACCAGUGUAUCCGCUGAAAGUCCUACCUACGAUGGGGCGGAGGUGAACCCAAGGCACGGAGGGGCUGCAACCAACACAAAUGACGGAAUCCAUCAGACGACCGCAAGUGGCGGUGCCGGUGGCGGUGGACCGGUGGCAGAGCCACCUCACCUACCUGGGCCACCCCCGGCACCACCAGUUGUGGUGGCAGCAGCGCCGGCAGCCCCUUUGGGAGCGGCAGCGGCAACAGUGGCACCGGCAACGGCGGCAGCGACAGCACCGGUGACUGGCUUCACGCUGGACAGCCUUGAAGACAUAGAGGCUCGCUGGGGACUCACGGGAGAGGUCGAUGCCAACCCGCGCGCAGGGCAACGGAAACGAAAGGUGGAGAACCCUGAUGAUGACCUAGGUGUGCGUGUGCGGAAGGAGAAGAAGAAGCAGAAGAAGGCGGCAACACGGGGUGUGGGUGAGGGCCGUGGCCGGGGAGGUUCCAAGGCAAAUGCCAAGGCCAGCACCAAGGCCGGUGCCAAGGCCAGCGCCAAGGCCGGUGCCAAGGCCAGCACGAAGGCCGGUGCCAAGGCUACUGGCCGUGGUAAGAAGCCAGCGGCUGAGGAGGAGCCAGAUUUUAGCUCUGUUUCAGAUAGCGAGGAGGAGGCGGAGUUUGAAAGUGGUUCUAGUUCUGAGGAGGAGGCAGAGGUGGUGGAGGAGGAGGAGGAGAAGGAGGCGGCAGCGGGGAGUGCGCGCCAGAAGGCCACCAAGCAGGGUGGGGGCACCGCUGCCAGCCCAUUCUUCAGCCCCGGGCUGCAGCUCCACCUUGCCCUGUCCACGCAUAGCCUGGCGCACGGCGUGCAGGACCUGACGACGCAGCCUCAGGGCCCCAGCCUGCCUACCUACCCAGUCCUUCUGGUGGGUGCCACCACGGGGCUCCCAGAGGGCGAGCAGCUGUCCUCCGCCGGCGUCCGGGAAGUGACCAGCGCUGCCUUGUCAGUGCUGGACACCAUGUGCAGGCAGGGCAACCAGCCGCAGCUCUUGCAGGGCCACUCUCUGCACAGCACAGGCCGCCCCUCCCGCACGUUUGCGGGGCUGGCCUUCAGCCGGUGCGCAACCAGCGCCAGCAAAGCAGCCUUCACAGCGGAGCUCAUGCGCAAGUCGCUGCUGGCGGUACCGCUCCAGCGCGGUCAGGCUGUCCUCACGGUUCACGUGCCAGUGGACAACCGGCCCAUCAUUCCGGGCACCUACACCGUCACGGUCAAGAUGGUGGGAAGUUAGCCUGGAUCGCGAGGGCUGGGGCCAGCAGCCGUGGCGCCGCCAGUGGGACCGACGUGGCGUGAGUUCACAAUCCCCAUUUCGCGCUCAAGGCGGUAGUAGAGAAGGGAUGUGGUGCGCAGGCUGAUGACACUGUGCAUGUGUAUGCGCGAGCAGCAGGAUUUUGCUGAUGUGGUGGUGGCACCCAGCGACCGGAGAAGGGGUUCCAAGGUGUUUGACACAGUGCCGCCGUGGCCCAGCGUCACAAUCUGCUCCUUUUUAUAUACUACGUCCCAGCCUGCAUCCCGCAGGGCGUCGGCUAGGCGAGUGUGCUGGGCUUGUUUCUGGUCACACUUUUCGCUGUGGUGGAGGUCCGAUGUGUAACCAACUUCUAUCAGGUAAACUUUGUGUUGCCGUCGGCCGGCGGUUGUAAGGCCGCGGGGCCCACUAGCCCCCACGUCGGAGCAUGGUAGGGAUGGGAUGAACAGGAUGUCAGGCCUCAUCCUUUUUCGGUCGGCCUCGGGGAUAUUGUUGCGCAGCAUCCAUUUGGGGGGGCAGGUGCCCGCACAGUAUUCGGGGCGUGCAUCUGCACUGCUUGCGUCCAUCAACAUGUACCCGCCACCGUUGGCGCCAUGGUGCAGGCAUUCCGCGAUCAUACGGACGGCGGCAUUGUGUUUGGCGAUGCGGGCCCCAACAAGUUGGGGGUGCGCACAGUGGCCGGCAAGGUGGCCUGCGUUGCCCCGUUCGGGGGGGGAUCCAGCGCGCUGGUGAAUCGGGGCGCAGAGUGCACAUGUGUCACUCGCACGUAGUUUGAACAGCGCAAGCCGGGCGGGGCAGAUGAGGCCUCCCUGCCUGGCAUUCUGGAUGAAGCGUCGGAGGCUGUGCCCAGCGCCAGGGUGCGUCAUGUAGGCGGUGCUGGCCCUAGUGUCCAGGUGUGGGGCGGACUCCGCCCACUUGGUCGUGUAGAGUGUGUGUUUGGAAUGACCGCCAUGGGAGGAAGGGUCUAGUGUUUUCAGGAGGCCUCGAUUGAGGUCCGAGAUGUAGUGCACGGUGGUAGAGCCGUCUUCCCGCGUCCGGGUCGUUGCUGGCCACCAGUGUGCGGCGUGGGGGUUAUUGUCAGCGAGCUCCGAGACGUCAGCCGGUUUAGUGCUUGUAGCUACGUCUGCUGCACCUUUAUCGGCUUCUUCAUUACCGUGCAGACCCGUGUGAGAAACGACUUUGAGGAAAACGGUGUGUGCGUCCCUCUUCGCUCGUGCAUGGAGCAAAUCGGCGAUCGAACUCAAAAGUGCCUUAUGUUUGCUCAGAUGUAAGCGACGUGGUUCGUCAAUAGCCCGUUUAAUUAGAUACAAGCUUGCAGCUGAGUCACUGGCAAUGGUUAGCGUUUUCUUCGCGAACAUACUAGUUUCACCUCCGAAUUCUUCCAGGGCUGCACGAAUUGCAGCGAGCUCGGCGCGUGUAAUAGUGUUAGUGCAGCCAAAUCCAUUUGGGUUUACGUAGACAACACGGUCUUUAUGCCAAGCACAAGCCCCAGCCACUUGUAGUUCUCUACCGGUUUCAGUCGUUGUCUUGGAUACCGAGCCAUCGGUCCAUACAAUUUCCUCGGGGUUGUGGGCCAGCGGCAGUGUACGUUGGAAUUGUGUCCGAUUCAACCUCGGUGUCGCUGGAGCUUCGUCAGGCGUGACCAUAGUGGCAAUGUUCAGGUGAGUUGCGAGGUACUUGGCAUGUUUGGAGGUGUGACGUGGGAUGUGGGGACACGACGUGUUUAACGUGCCGGACCCGAGGUGGGUGUCAGCGACGGUUGCGGGUGCGUGGGGGCCGGCUACCAGUGAGGAGCGAAGGCCUUUCCAGCUCUGCGUGAAGGCGUUUAGCCCAGCUGUGUUGCCAACGGCAACUAGUAUGGCUCCGCGUUGCUUCUGCAGGGGCACGUCAGUGCCGAGUCCAGGCUCCAUCCCAGCUGUGCCUGGGGAGUCCAGUUCUCCGUUCGUCCAGGUGGCGAGUCGGCGGCAGAGCGGGUGGGUUAGCCACUGUGUGUGUGGGUAAGUUGCGCACUUUGGGAGGACUAGAAUGGUCAGUGUGGGUUCCGGGGAGUUGUUGACUGUCUCGGCACUGGCGAGGGCCCAUACGAGGGCCUGUCGUGAGGCAUCAGGGUUUGCAGGAGGGUGUGCAUAGUGGAGCCCCGUCCAUGCAGUGCUGUAGGCAUCGUGUUGGGCGCCGAACACCACAUCAGCGGCUUCCCGGCUCCAGUAUUCAUCGGCAUCGGUCGUGUGGUUCAGGGGUGAGGCAAACAUUUCCUUGACCCUCCCCCUGCCGGUGUUUCGCAGGCUGCGCACAACGGCUCGGACGGUUGCCGAGGGGAGGGACGUCUGGUGCUGUGGUGCCGUCUUAUGAUCAGUUUGCCCCGGGUCGCGCCGGUAUCGGUGCAGCAGGGCAGCCACCGCCUCCUCGAAGGCCUUGGUCCGGUUGUUGUUGGUCCGGUUGAAGCUUUCCCAGAGCGUUUGAAGGCGUGCGUAGGUGAGCAUGCCGAGCCAGCGUCCGCUGGGUUCAUAGACAUGGGCCUCUCGGGGGAGGGCCCGGCCUGCUGUGGGGGUGGUGAUGGCGUAGCUGCCUGGGGGGGAAACGUCGUGGUAGGGAUCGCUGGGGACGGUAGAGAUGAUGGUUGCUGCGCGGGUCACCCGUGCACGCAUUGCUUGAUCGUCCGGGUCGUCAUCGUGCCGGCCCUGGCGUUGCCGCAUUGUCAGGUUGCGAUCCUUCGGAGGCCGUGUGGGGCGGGCGGGUGCAUCAGGUCCCGCUGCAAGUCGGU